AUGCUGUUCGAGUGCACGGCUCUCACCCACCUCCCUCCCACCUUCUCCAACCUCUCCUCCCUCAAAACCCUAACGACCCGUGAUGGACCCAGCCUACGAGGCGCCCCACCAGACGGGUUCUCCCACUUGACAAGCCUCAAGGAGCUCUCUCUCUUCUCCCUGCCGCACCUGACCGCCCUGCCUGCCUCCCUCCCUGCCAUCGGCCGCUCUCUCACCAGCCUAGAGCUGCUCGUCUGCACGCAAAUCAUGGCGCUGCCCGAGGAGAUCGGACGGCUGGAAGCGCUUGAAACACUCUCGCUCUGCGAUCUGCCUAACCUGAAGUCGCUCCCUCGCUUGCUCUGCCAACUACAGCGACUGAAAGAUCUCCAUGUGAAUAAUUGCGGCGCGCUGCAGUCUCCCUUUGGGGAUGAGGACAGAGGGGAUGCACACACGGGGGAUGCAUACACGGGGGAUGGACACACGGGGGAUGGACACACGGGGGAUGCACACAUGGGAGCUGCCAGGCAUGACCUUGUGGGAAGAAUCAGCCUCCUCCAGUUAACCGGUCAUACGAGCAGCAGCAGUGCCGCUAGCAGCUGUGGGGGAUCAGAGGAUAGUGACACGGCUGACCUGGACACUGCAGAGCAUGUGGUGGGUGGCUCGGAGGGAGGGGAUGAAGAGGAGGGAGAGGAUGAAGAGGAAAUGGGGACUGCGGAGGAGGACGAGGGGAUUGAAGGCGAAGGAAGUGAAAGCGAGGGAGGAGAGGGGAACAAAGGGGAGGGGCGCGAUGAGGAGGGGAGUGGCGUGUAG